AUGAAAAACGAAAGUAGUAUAUGGAGUACUUGUGGAAUACAAAGAGAAGGGGAAGCAACUCUAAAUUUAGGCUUGCUAGAGGAAGAUGAUCCGCCAAAUCUAUGCUUGACUGAAGCAUGUGAAGUGCAGAUGACAGAUGCACUGCGCCGUCUUUUUGCAACUCUUCUUGUUUUUGGUCAACCCAGUGAUCCUCCUUCUUUAUGGUCUAAGUUCUACUCAUCUCUGUCAGAAGAUUUUAGCCACAAAUUUCCUGACAAUAAAGUAAAGGUUCGAGUGUUCACUGCAAGUUCAAUUGAAAAGCAUCUAGAAGCACUAGGUAAGUCGCUUUUAGACUUUGGAUUAAAUUCCUUGAAUGUUGAAUCUAAUGAUGAAUUUAGGCGCACGAAGGAUAUUAUUGAUGCUUUAGAUGCACCUAUUCCCCAAGAAUAUGGCCCAGGUGGUACAGGGAAAACAUUUCUAUACAACGCUCUAUAUGCUAAAAUUCGACUAAUGAAAAAGAUUGUGUUGCCUACUGCUACAUCAGGAAUAGCGGCAGCAAACAUCCCAUCUGGUCGUACUGCUCAUUCGAGGUUUAAGAUUCCAAUUGACUCUGAAGCCUCGCUAGCAUAUUUGUGUGAGAACACGCUCUUGUUUGGUGGGAAGAUUGUAGUUUUUGGAGGAGAUUUUAAGCAGGUGUUGCCAAUUGUGCCACGAAAAACACAACGUGAGGCAGUUGAGACAAGCAUUGGAAAUGGGGAGUUGCAGCAAACAGAAUUUGGUUAUGUUCAGUUGCCGCCAAAUAUUGUAAGGUCCCUUGCUAUCGACAGUGAUCUUGUAAAGGAGCUCAUAGCAGUCACUUUCCUUGAGAUUGGGACGGGUUCUUUUAGCACCGAAAUAUUCACCGAGUGUGCCAUUCUUACUCCAAUGAAAGACGAUGUAGAUUCCAUAAAUACAUUUCUAAUUGACCAUUUCCCAGGUGAUCCUGUUGUGUACAAGAGCUUUGAUUGUGUACUGGAUGACAUGUGUACGGUUUAUCCUACAGAAUUUAUUAAUAAGUUGUGCCCUGGGGGAAUGAGUCCCCAUGUAUUGGUUUUGAAGGAAAUUUUGACAGGCUAA